AUGGAUCUCGCCAGCCUUCUAUCUCACAGCACGGCUGUGAAGCCUUCAUACACUCCUCUCGAGUCCAGCUACUAUAAGCGCUCCGCGCCUUUGUCGCCGCCCGCCGAAGAGCCCAGAGUCUCGCUGCCUUCAAUCUCAUCUCUCUUCGAAGGUGCCGAUGGUGCUCAACACGCAGCCAAACGUCAACGCCUCUCACCAUCUCUCGGUGACCGUCAUGUGCGCAUGCAGUCCUACGAACUGCCUCCAACACCACCUCUGCGUCCCGGUUCCGGCCACGGGCACCACCUCCACAGCCGGGCAUCACCCGCAGAGUCCCUCCCUCACAAGGAACCCCACCACCUGCACCGGGCCUCCAUCUCCAGCAGUGGCUCAAUCCACAUCGCCCGCAACACAGGACCCUACGCCUCGCCCGCUCCAAGUGUCUCAUCCUACUCCCCCAUCGACACUCCCCAACAGCAGCAAAUGUACUACCCCCGCCCACCAACCGCCUCAUCCUUCCAACCCUCAACACCCGCAUCAGCAACCCAGAUGCCCCAGCUGCAAACCCAAUCCCAGCAGCCCCAGCCGCAAUCUCACUCCUCGGCUCUCAUCUCCCCGGUCACCCCGGCCUGGCAGCACCACCACUACUUUCCGCCCUCAACCUCUGCCCCUUACCAGCAGAACCACGACCGCUAUAUCUGCCGCACUUGCCACAAGGCUUUCUCGCGGCCUUCUUCGCUGCGCAUCCACUCCCACUCGCACACGGGCGAGAAGCCCUUCCGCUGCACGCAUGCUGGCUGUGGCAAGGCGUUCUCGGUGCGCAGCAAUAUGAAGCGUCAUGAGCGUGGCUGUCACUCGGGUCGCCCGGCUGCGGCUGUUGCUACUGCGCUUGUUGUAUGA